AUCGUACGUACGUGGUCUACGGGGUGAACUGGGAGGUGGUGUCCAUCUCAUUUACACCGCAAGCUAGCUACCUUUACAGUUUCCAGCUAUGAGCAGUUCAGAAGAAGUGUCGUGGAUCUCCUGGUUCUGUGGACUGAGGGGUAAUGAGUUUUUUUGCGAGGUGGAUGAAGACUACAUCCAGGACAAAUUCAAUCUGACAGGGCUCAAUGAGCAGGUUCCCCACUACCGCCAAGCCCUAGAUAUGAUUCUGGACUUAGAACCAGAUGAAGAGUUGGAGGACAACCCCAACCAGAGUGACCUGAUUGAGCAGGCGGCUGAGAUGCUGUACGGUCUCAUCCAUGCACGCUACAUCCUCACCAACCGAGGCAUUGCACAGAUGUUGGAAAAGUACCAGCAGGGAGACUUUGGCUAUUGCCCUAGGGUCUACUGUGAGAAUCAGCCCAUGCUUCCAAUUGGCCUGUCAGACAUCCCAGGAGAGGCUAUGGUGAAGCUGUACUGUCCUAAGUGCAUGGAUGUGUACACACCCAAAUCCUCAAGACACCACCACACGGAUGGAGCCUACUUUGGCACUGGCUUCCCCCACAUGCUCUUCAUGGUGCAUCCAGAGUACAGGCCCAAGAGGCCUGCUAAUCAGUUUGUCCCAAGGCUGUAUGGAUUCAAAAUCCACCCCAUGGCCUAUCAACUCCAGCUGCAAGCAGCCUCCAGCUUCAAGAGCCCCGUCAAGGCCAUCCGCUAGAGUGAAGAGAAGGUCAAAAAGAUUAAAGAUGAUAGUGUGAGAGAUAAAAGGAGAGUUUUUGUCAUAAGUGGAAUGGUCACCUGCAUCCUUUCAGAUGCCCCCUCCCCACUCUGAAGACUGUGUUAUUUGAUUUAGAUUAGAGCAGAUGGAAGUGAUGUAUAGUUUUCGAGUGUGAGUGAGGAAAAAAAAACGCACAGCCAUGAUCAUAUCCACAUAUAUACACACACACACACACACACACACACAUAAACAUGCAAAAAUCCAACCACAAACUUGGGAUUCCAUAUACUUACCUUACCAAACUCAUCAGUGCCAAAAAAGGAAAUUAUAUUUGCUGAAAUCCAACAACACAGGGGUUUACAUGCUGCUGCUGUUUAUUUACAUGAUUAGCACACUAUGGAUAGCGUUAACCACAUCAAACAAUAAAUUAUAUUCUUGGUGAAUGUAAACCCUUCGCCCCCAAACGAUGGUUGCGUAAAUUGUUUUCUGUCAAUAACAAGCAUAAUGGCUGAGUUGAUUCCAGCCCUGGUUUUUGUUGUCUUCAAUAUUUGGCACAAUUUGGUAAAAAGUGAUGGUAAACCCUCAUUCAGUGGAAGCUAAUUGCCUCCUAACUCCCUUCUAGCCACCACCCCUCCCCCCUCCCUGCAAUCCUCCCACCUCUUGAUGCAUGCAUGCUCAGGCUGGCACUCACAGAGACAGUUUGCACAGUGGUGGCGGGUGUUGCUCUAUCAGCUGAUGUUUGAAGACCUUGUUACUGGCGUUUUGUAUCAGUCUAUUGUCUUUUUUUUUUCUCCACACAACACAAAGUAUUCUGUUAAAUUUGCCUUACGAUGUUGAGAAAACACAUGGGUGCUGUGAGUUUUGUUUUACGGGGCACACUUUCCUAUCUUUCUAAUGGGGAGUGUUAGGGAUUCUGUUAAGUGCUGUUAGAGGAGGUUGAGUUGAAGUGGAUAAAACUAAGGUCAAGUUGUGUCACUAUCACUCAAAAAAAUAAUUGUAACAGGACCGUGUCGUUUGUUUCCAGCUGUCUUGUGGGUGUGUGAAACGGCUCUCGUCUCCAUUCAUACCAUCGUGUAAUGAGAAUGUCUAGCUCUUAAUUUUCCCGAACAUGUCCCUCUACAGCAGCCGCGUUUGUAUUGUCGUUCCCUUCCCUCACAGCUUCAUCUCCCGCCAGGAGGAGGAGACUCGCAGAGAAAGAGGAAUUAAGACAAUCUAAACCCUAUAACCCUCUCCACUACUGCACUGAUUCUACUGGCCUAUUUCCACAUUACCCAAGGAUUUAUUUGUCAUCGCGUAGUGACAGAAUACCAGCCACUCUGCUGAGAACCUGUUUGUUUCUGAUACAUCGGGGUGGAAAGUCUAAAUGUUCCCCCCCCCCUCCCUUAUGUGUAAAAUUCUGAAUCUGCUUAGUGGAAGUAGAUGGCUUUAAUGUCUUUUGUUUUUUGUUUUUUUCCAGAACAAGGAUGGGACUUCUUUGCCCAGAUUUUUAAUUAUUGUAUCUUUGUGUUGUCGUGUCCCUGCUACUGUGGAAGGAUGAGCAGGAUUCAGAAUUCUCAAUAAACUUCUAUUUUCUUUUCAUACUAUUGUGUACUU